AUGUCUGCCCAGACUUUCCACACCACCCGCGAGGACAUCCGCAAGGAUGAGGCCCGUGUCUCCCACCAGCACGGCGGUAACGUCCCUGCCGACUCGGAUGUUUCCCAGAUGAAGUCCAUCAUUGAUGAGAACACCAACAAGGCCGAGCAGAUCGAGAAGACCAAGGCCAACCUGCCUCUUCCUGAUCAGCCCCCCGUCGCCUCCGACUGGAACUCCUCUGACCAGCGCACUGUGAACGUUGGCUCUGGUGGUAUCGAGGGCCCCAUCUCUGGUGACAAUGACUCUGCUCUUCGUGGUCCCUCCACCGCUGGCAGCAGUGUCCGCAUGGACGGUAGUGAGCUGCACAAGAACACCGCCCCCGGCGGUAACGUUGGUCGUCAGCGUGUCGAAGGUCAGGACGGUCUGCCUUCCGACGCCACUGCUCGUUAA